CGCAAAACCACCUUCUUCGAUAAGCUUGACUCACACAAGGCUCCAGCCUUUGCAAUCAAAAAGAAAAAAAGAACCUCUUGCCUGAAUCUGGGACAGGAGUGGAUGAACCGUUUCCCCUAUUUAUUUCACUGUCCACAAUUCCACGUCUUUCAUCAUUUCGCGAACACUGCCUUCCUUCGUUCGGCUCUUUCACCCGCCGACGCUGGCGAUCCCACUUCGAGCUUCAAUAAUUCCUGUCAAUUCUACGCGCCCCAAAGGAAUUAUCGCAACGAUACGAACCAGCUGCACAAUGGUGAAGCAAGACGUUAGGGAGGUGGUCCGACUGGUCGACAGUCUGGAGACUGCGAGCCAGUGGAACAAGCGCGAUGGAAAGAAGGCGUUCGUCUGCAAAAAAACAACCUUUCCGGUCGCCGGUUCCGAUAACAUCGCCGUAGACUCCUGGAGGUUUAUGGACUGGGAUUACAAACGAAGCGAUCUUCCGACCUACGCCCGCGGGCUGUUUACCACCAAGAGGAAGGAUGGCACCCCCGAAAUCGCGGUUCGCGGCUACGACAAGUUCUUCAACAUCGAGGAGGUGAACGCGACCAAGUGGAGGAACAUUGAAAACAACACCCGGGGUCCCUAUGAGCUUAGUGUGAAGGAAAAUGGGUGUAUCAUCUUUAUCGCGGGCUUGGAAGACGACUCGUUACUGGUUUGCAGCAAACAUUCGACCGGAGGGCGACAGGAUACGGAGGUGAGCCACGCGCAGGCUGGUGAGCGCUGGGUGGAGAAGCACGUCAGCUCAGUCGGAAAGUCCGUGAAAGAGCUGGCUCAAGAGCUGCGCCGGUUGAAUGUGACCGCUGUCGGCGAGCUGUGUGACGACAGUUUCGAGGAGCAUGUUCUGGCCUACGACCAGGUUGCGUCAGGCAUCUACCUCCACGGCCUCAACUACAACGUCCCGCAGUUUGCGACGUGCUCGAGCACCGAAGUCCACGAAUUUGCCGACAAAUGGGGUUUCAAGAAGGCCAAGUUUUUGGUAUAUGAAGAUAUCGACACGGUAAAGAAGUUUCUGGACCAGUGCGCAGAGACGGGAACCUGGGAUGACCGCGAGACCGAAGGGUUUGUGAUCCGAUGCCAGCGACAGGAGGCCAGCACGGCGCCUUUGGAGGACUGGUUCUUCAAGUACAAGUUCGAGGAGCCGUACCUGAUGUACCGACAGUGGCGUGAAUGCACCAAGGCGGUCAUCUUAGGCAAAGUGCCCAACAUCAAGAAGCACAAGAAGAUCACCGAGGAGUACCUGCAAUACGCCCGGCGGCAGUUCGUUAAGAACCCCAAGCUGCAGAGCUUGUACCAGCACAACCACGGCAUCAUCUCGCUGCGAGAAGGCUUCCUCCAAGAACGUGGCCUCAAGGGCUCGGAGAUCAUUGCCAUGGAGAACGAGGGCCCCAGCGAGGUGACCAACAAUGUCAUCUUGGCCCCCAUUGCUUCCCUCGGCUGUGGUAAGACGACCGUGGCCCUUGCCUUGGUUAAGCUGUUCAACUGGGGCCAUGUGCAGAACGACAACAUCCCCAAGCAGAAGAACAAGCCGAAGAAGUUCGCCCUCGACAUCACCAACCUCCUAGCUGCACACCCCGUCGUCAUCGCAGACCGCAACAACCACAUGCGGCGCGAGCGACAGCAGCUCAUGGACGAUCUCCUCCCCGUGAUCCCCGAUGCCCGCUUCGUCGCCCUUCAGUAUGUUCACGAGCCCAAGGGCCAGCUCCUCCCGGGCAUUCGCGACGUGACGCGCCGGCGAGUGCUCGACCGCGGAGACAACCACCAGACCAUCCGCGCCGGCAGCCAGAACCCCGAGGAGGUCAUCGGCAUCAUGGAGGGAUUCCUGAAUCGCUUCGAGGCCAUCGACACCGACCGCGUACCGGACAAGGGGUUCGAUGAAACCAUCGACCUCGACGUGGCAGCCUCGUCCCGUGAGAACCUGGAGAAGGUGGUCACCUCCUUGCAUUCCUUCUACCCCCAUCUCAUCAAGCAGAUGCCCACCCCUCAGGAACUGGACGCCGCCCUCCACAGCGCCAUGGCCGACUACGAGGUGCAGCUCGACCUCAGCCAUCAGUACGGCAACAAGGGCCCCAAGCAGAAGAACAACAACAAGACGCCCACCUCCAACUCCGCCGCCGCCGCUCCCUCUCCUCCCCUCAACCCGCAAACGCUGGCAAAGAACAUCGAAUACUUCGGCAUCACGCUGCCCGCCGCCGACAUCACGCACACCCUGCAAUCCCUCUUCCCCCCGUCGACCACGUCCCCCGAAAAAGCCCGCAUCUACAACCACCUCCUGCACUCCCGCCGCAUCCAACCCGCCUUCCACGUCACCCUCAUCCACCGCGCCUCGAAGAAAGACCGCUCCGACAUCUGGGACUCCUACACGCGUCGCUACGUCGACAAGAUGGCCUCCAAGCCAGAGUCCGACCCCACCAUCACCCCGGUGCUCGCGCCCGCCCGCGUCCGCCUCGAGCGUCUCAUCUGGGACGACCGCCUCAUGGCCUUCGUGGCUCGCCUCUUGCCCCCCUCCGACGACGACCAGGACCCCGCCCUGUCCGAGUGGUCGUGCGCGAACCCCAUCCCUCACGUCACGGUCGGCACCGUCUCGCCCGAUGUCAAACCGAAGGAGAGCAACGAUCUGCUUCAGCGCUGGCUGAAGGUCGGAUCCGGCCCCGGCACCGGCAUCUGGGAGGCUGAGAUCCCCGGCGUGAAGGUUGUUUCGGGACAGGUCGGCGUGGUGAUGAGUCGGAGGUGAGGUGCUUUUUUUUUCAGGUAGCUGGGUGGGUAGGAUAUUAUUUUGCUUGUUGGUAUUGGUACGUAACCUACAUCGGUGGAUGUAUCAUUAUCAUCGUCUACCCGGAACAGUCGGUAUGGUAUGACAUGGCUUGGAUGGUUUAGGGUGGGACCGGAUGGGAUAGGAAAAGACCAGGAAUUGGAUUUACGAAGCUUUAUGAUUAGGAUUAGGUAUUAGACUCAAACAAGAAUAAAAAAAGAGAUGUAUUGAAG